AUGGACCCGGGUGAGAUGCGCCUCCAGGACGCCAUCGAGGCAACUAAGGCACUCUAUCUUCGUGACCUACCUGCACACGUCUGCGUCGGGCCCAUGCCGGUGGGUGGCUUCACACUCCCUGAGUUGCCCUUGAGAGAUUUAGACGCCGGUGCCCCCUCCAUCAAGCAUUUUGUCGAUGUGGUCAUGGACAUCCCAGCUGGUGACAUGAACAUCGAAAACAUCAAGGCAAUUUUCCGUGAUCAAGCGGACGAGCUGCCGGCUGUGAUGAAGCCGAAGAGCAGGCCUAUCUUCGACACUGCGACCCAGUAUAUCUUGCUGCCUCAGACAGAUGGAAACAUUUGUCUGUUGAAGCACACCUACGUUGUCGAUGAGAAGGUCACGGGACAGUAUGUCAUUAAGAUGCUUCAGGGAAAGGGCUACGAGAUAUCCUGGGGGACAGGGAACAAGAAGUGCGCAAGGUUGGUGCAGAAGGCGCUGGACUCACUGGCCAAUGAUACCACUACAGCCAAGCUAUGCAGACGAUAUGACUUGACCGUCAAAGACUUCGAGCCCGAAGUGCGACAAGUGCUGGAGAUUGUCCCCCACCUCCGGGAUCAGUCCCUAUGGCUUCUGGGCGAGCCGGGCAAAGGAGACGGAGAGUUCCGAACCACUUCGGAUCUCGACUUCUUCAAGGGUGUGCCCUUUACCAAGCGUACCCCCGCUUUGUACGAUGACGGGAGCAUCGGCAAUGAGGAGACGAUGACCCGGGCCCGAUGGACGAACGCGAAGUUUGUUCGGAACCAGCUCCGGAUUGUUCUGGAUAACUCCUACAACCCAGAUGCGGAGCCCGGGGACAACCUGAACGACGAGGACUUGGUGGUUUCUCACACUGCCUUCUUUUCCAUGAUCAGGCCCGCUCUUGGAAUCAUGGCCAACACCGAUGCUAUGGCCGUCAUGAAGCGUAGUGUCGUCGUUAUCUUUGGCAAGAACCACAUCACCUUCCGCUUACCUUCGGGACAGGAGAUCGAAGCCAACCGCAUUCGGCGGAACAAGGUCGACAUCAUCAGGGGCUCCUCCAAGGGCAUCUUAAAUCUUCGCCUCAUGCAGAAGUCGUCGCCUAUGCGCAACGGCAAGUACGUGGUGCUGAAUGUCCAUGAGAACCACUUCUUUGCUGUCCAGCAUGUCGAUGGCUUCGUGUCAGAGGAUGAGGAGUACGCGCACUGUGCCUAUAGCCUUCGUGGAGGCGCGAAGGCCCACGACGUGAAAGCGAUCGUCUAUGGCAUGACCGGGGGUAUUGACGUCCAGGUUCGCACCAUGCGCUGCACCUCAUACUCCUGUCGUCGAACAUUCGGCCCGAACUUCUUCGUGGACGCCGGCAGCAAGAUCAACACGGCGACGCCGGAGGAUAUCGACGAGGUACUCUUCCUGAGCAACAAGAUGGGCUUCACGGUGGACUAUCUCAAGUAG